CUGUCGCCAAUAUUGAAUUGUUUUAGUAACGUUGUUGUGUAAUAGUGCCAUGUUUUAACCACUGAUGUGGUAUUUUUUCGUUUCUUAGCUGGAAAACCUUAUUGAUUGGUUAUUUUAGGCAGGCCGCAUCUUACGGUGUCGCCGUGUGUUUCCAUCGCUGUGUUCUGACGCCUUAAAAGAACCACAUGGCCAAGCUCAACCGUUUGGUGUCCUCUUCGCGGAGGAAGAACAGGAAAAGGCACUUCAAUGCCCCAUCACACAUUCGGCGAAAGAUCAUGAGCUCGCCGCUGUCGAAGGAUCUUCGGCAGAAAUACAACGUCCGCAGCAUGCCCAUCAGAAAAGACGAUGAAGUUCAGGUGGUACGUGGACACCACAAGAGCCAGCAGGUGGGCAAAGUGGUGCAGGUGUACCGCAAGAAGUAUGUGAUCUACAUUGAGCGCAUUCAACGAGAGAAGGCCAACGGUGCAUCUGUCUACGUGGGCAUUCACCCCUCCAAGGUGGUGAUUGUCAAGCUGAAGAUGGACAAGGACCGCAAGAAGAUCCUCGAAAGGCGUGCACGAGGCCGCCAACUCAAGGACAAGGGAAAGGGAAAGCACACAGAGGAGAGUGUGGCCAUGGAAACAUAAAUUGAAAAACCCCCCUAUAAGCUGGCUGAAUUGUUUAAUAAAGGGUUUGGCUUGU